AUGUACCCGUAUGAGACAUCGUCAAGAUUAUCAAAUUUUGGUGUCAUAGAAGACAUCAUCAAAAUUGUUUGGGAAGGGAGCAUGCCACUUGAGUUGGUUUUAUUUUAUUGCCGUUGGUUUGAUCCAACACCCAAUGGACUGCGGCGCACUAAGAACUUGGGUUUGGUAGAGAUUAAGCACACAUCAAGAUUAUCAAAUUUUGACUCAUUUGUCAUGGCUGCUCAAGUUAGUCAAGUUUACUAUCUACCUUAUCCAUGUAAAAAUAGAGAAGAUCUCAUGGAUUGGUCAGUAGUGUAUAAAGUUGCUCCACAUGGACACAUACCUCCAAUUAAUAGCAAUGCUGAUUCUAGUCUUGGUGAAGGGCCAACUCAGGAUGUUGAAUUCUUUCAAGAGGACGGAUUAGAUGGCACCUUCGUUAUUGACUUGGGAGCUACAUUGGACUCUAUAACAUCAUUGGUCUCAGAUGAGAUUAUUGAUCCUAAAGACUUGGAAGAACUAGAGAAAAAUCUGGCUGAGAUUGAGGAAGAAAAUGAAGCUAUAGAUGAAGAGAUAGAGUCUACAGAUGAAGAGAAUGAAGAUUCAGAUGAAGCUUACGAUUGA